AUGCCUCGCAUCACGGUGGAGCUGCUGCGCAAGCGGGCGGAGCACAAUGAGGGAAUCGUCUCGACGCUGGAGGAGAUCUCGCUGCACCAGGAAGAGCUGGAGAAGAUCGAGGUGAUCGGCACGUUGUGCCGCAAGCUGCGGAUCCUCUACCUGCAGAACAACAUCAUCGAGAAGAUCGAGGACCUGACGCACAUGAAGGAGCUGCGGUACCUCAACGUGGCGCUCAACAACAUCAGCAAGAUCGAGGGCCUGCAGAGCUGCGAGUUCCUCAACAAACUGGACCUGACCGUCAACUUCGUGGACUUCGACACUCUGGAGCAGAGCAUCGGCCACCUGAAGCCGCUGCAGCAUCUGCGAGAGCUCUACAUGCUCGGCAACCCGUGUCAGUCCAACUGGGAGACGGGCUUCAGGGAGUACGUCAUCGCGUCGCUGCCCCAACUGGAGAUCCUGGACGGCAAAGAGAUCCACCGCAGCGACCGGAUCAAGGCGCUGCAGGUGUUUUCAGAGAGACAAAGGUACGUUCGGAGGGAGGCCGAGAAGGUGCGCACCAAGAAGGAGCUCGAGCGGAAGAAGGAGAGCCCAGAGGAGGAGGACGAGGUGAUUGAGGUGGUGGGAGGAGAAGCCAUCGACAUCUCAGAAGAGCAAGUGGAAAAGGAGAAGAAGAAUUCCGUGAUGGCGUCGACUGAAAAAGUGCCGUACACGCCGCACACGCGGCGCGAGAUGUAUUUGGAGAUGGCCGAGCAGAAGGAAGAGGAGGAGGCACGAAGACGUGAGAACCAGCCGAAGGAGCGGAACACUGAAGCGGAGCACGAGGAGGCGCUGCGGAAGGCUCGGCUGCUGGAGGAGCGAGGGGACGGAUCCAUUCGCCAAUGCAACGAAGGCAAGUGGGAAUUCCGGCUGACGGACGAGAUCCUCGACAUCAUUCUAGAAGUGGAUUUGCCUCGGUUCCUGGACACGUCUCUGGUGGAUGUGGACGUUCACCCGUCCUACGUCUCCAUCGUGGCCAAGAAUAAGGUUCUGCGGCUCAAGUUCCCCGAACUCGUGCAUUCCGACGCAGGAAAGGCUGAGCGAUCUAAGAUCACGGGCACGUUGCGUUUGACGCUCCCAAAGGCGCAUGUCACUCCGACGCAACAGCUCCGCGCGCAGCUGUAUCGCGACGAGCAAGAAAAGAAGCUGAAGAAGAAGAAAACCUCUAACCAAAAGCAGGCAAGCAAGACAACCAGGACCACCUCACGACAGUCCAAGAUAUCGGACGAGCUGCUGGAGGCCGCCAACAAGGUUCCAACCGACAAACGCCGUGCAGUUAAUAUCCGCGGACUGGUCAAGAAGGAGAAUGACGACGAAAACAAUGCCCCAGGUGGAAGGCUGCAGAUGACACCGCUUGUGACGAAAACGACUGCAAGUCACGCUGUCGGCCCUGAAGGCGAGCUCGAGGAAGAAGAAGAAGACGAUGAUGCUCCUCCCCUCAUUUUCUGA